GUUAUAUGCAUAUGCAUAUAAUUUCCUUUAUAUGAUUGAUUUAUCAGACAUGUUGGUAACUCUUGUGGCCGAAACACAUUCAGUAAUUAGAAGGGGUGUCCCAAUACUGUUGUCCAUAUAGUUAGUAUAUAUGUGCCCUACGAGUGUGUGCAAACCUUUGACUCCAGCUCUGACCUACUCGAUCAAUAAGUGGCCGGAUGACGUCCACGGAUCAUUUGGUUUUGGGACGCAGAACGGAAAGCAGCUGGACUUUAAGAUCUGGAAUUACAACACCAGAGCAAAUUUGGCGAGGGUGUCGCUCUGUGUUCUAGAACACGCUGUUUGGUUUUGAACAUGUUGUGACCUUGUUGUGAGAGGUGGGAAAAUAUCUCGCGCACGGCGGACAGGGAGGCGUUCCUCGUGCUUAUCACGCCUAAACAGGAGGCUAUCACGCCGGCUGUAAAACACCUGAUAAUCCGCCAUAAAACUUUCACUCGCUUGCGCUUCAUUAACGGCUGAAUUUCUGUUACAUUAGUGCUGAUAUAUUAGUCCAGUGUUUCACAUUAACUGGUUGUUUAAAGCAAACCAGUUCAAAAGUCUGUGCUUUGCUCAGCUGGGUGGAAAAUCUGUGUCUGACACAUUUCAAUGGGUUCUGUACGUGUCUGUGUGUCGUCAACCCCACAGUUCACCACCACGUGCCAGGAUUGGCUCAGACGGAGCCGAAAUGACGUGGUCGGAGUAUUUUAGAGCAGCCUACCGGUACGCCUGCUGGCCGAGUGUCAGGUCGUGCCCUUUUUCUUCGGUUAAAAAGAGCACGAGCAGUCGGGAGGGGAAAAUACUCAAAAGAAUUUAGUUUUACUCCUCUGCUGAAGAUCGGUGCAGCAGGCUUAGGACUGACCUGCACAUAGCUAUGUAAAGCUUGCUUGCCCGAAGACAGUGACACCCGCGUUCCGGACCAGGUUGGAGUCAGAAAGAGUCAGAUUUGGGACGGGAGCAUUUUCAGUUCGGUUAUCGAGUGAGUAUUAUUGUGUGAUUCUACAACACUUGAAGCCUUUCUUGCCUACGUCGGACCCUUGAAGCAGAUUUCUGGUCUGUGCUCCUUAUCAGUAAAGACUCCCGUCUGACACGAGGGCCAAUAAAAGACGCAGGGUUAACGUCAAACCUGUAACCCUCGGGGGCGUCUCAGGAUUGUAAGUGCUGGGGAAGUUUCAGCUCUUUUUACUGGGAGGAAAAAAGCAAACACAUUCAUGACUCAUGUUGUGGAAAAUAUGAUGCACCGUGCACCACAGUGGCGUAGUUUAAAAUCCCGUUUUAUUUUUGAUUCUUUAUUUCCAGGUCACUAAUGCGAUGCAGCGUCUCAGACACUGCAGCGUGUUUGCGCGUCUUCCCUUCACAGUCGCUCAGAGCAGCCGGCAGCUGAAGAAGCCGGUUCCCCUGGUGUCGGCGUGUUCGGGAUUUGGGUCUGUACGAUGGGGGAGCAGCGGCACCGAUCAGCACUACCACAACAGCUCCAGACGCUUCAGAUUCAGAUACGCGCUAACAGGAUUAAUAGCGGGAACUGGAGCUGUACUGGCCUAUGGGCUCCAUCACAGCAAGGCCGAACAGGCGUCGGCGUCGGUGACUGAACCGUUAUCCCUGCCCAUCUACAGCCAGGAAGAGGUCACGAAGCACCGCUCCCUGGAAAAUGGCGUGUGGGUCACUUACAAUGGGAACGUCUACGACAUCACAGAAUUUGUGGCCGUCCACCCCGGCGGCGCCAAGAUCCUGCUCGCUGCGGGCGGAGCUUUGGAGCCGUUUUGGGCGCUUUACGCGGUCCACAAGCAAGACCACGUUCUGGAGAUCCUCGGCGAGUAUCAAGUGGGCGUCCUUCGGGCGGAGGAUCGCGUGAAAGCCGCGGCCGAUCCCGCUGAUCCGUAUUCCACGGAUCCUCCUCGCCAUCCGGCGCUGAGCGUGAACAGUCAGAAGCCGUUCAACGCCGAACCGCCUCCCGCUUUACUCACAGACAGCUACAUAACCCCGUCCGCUCUGUUUUUCAAGCGGAACCACCUUCCCGUCCCCCUGGUGGACCCGAAAACCUACAGGCUGAUCAUCGAGGGCCUUCCGGGGGGCCCCGCGUCGCUCACGUUGGAUGAUCUUAAGUCUCGCUUCCCGAAACAUACAGUGACGGCGACUCUUCAGUGCGCUGGGAACCGGCGAGCCGAGAUGAACAAGGUGAAGCGGGUCAAGGGGCUAAACUGGGGCAUUAGUGCGAUUAGCAACGCCAAGUGGUCCGGCGCGCGCCUGACGGACGUCCUUCAUCACUACGGCUUUGGUCCGGACGUGGCGUCCACAGCCCGGCACGUGCGGUUCGAGGGUUUAGACUCCGACGUCACGGGUACGGCCUACGGAGCCUCGAUCCCUUUAAACAAGGCGGUCGGCGAAGACGGGGACGUCCUGUUAGCGUACGAGAUGAACGGCGAAGAUCUGCCGCGGGAUCACGGCUUUCCGGUUCGCGUGGUGGUCCCGGGCGUGGUCGGGGCACGAAACGUGAAAUGGCUGGGCAGGAUCGUGGUCAGCAGCGAGGAAAGCCAAAGCCACUGGCAGCAGAACGACUACAAAGGCUUCUCACCGGGCACCGACUGGGACACGGUGGACUUCAAGUCGGCUCCCGCCAUCCAGGAGCUCCCGAUUCAGUCGGCCAUCACGAACCUCGCCGACGGAUCCUCGGUAGACCGGGACACGGAGGAUCUGACGGUCAGAGGGUACGCCUGGAGCGGCGGAGGUAGGGAGGUGGUCAGGGUGGACGUCUCGCUGGACGGAGGGAAGACUUGGCACGUGGCUGAACUCCAGAACUGCGAGAAAGGUGAAGAACCCGCGCCGACUCCCUCACCCGGUCGAUCCUGGGCCUGGAAGCUCUGGGAGAUAACCGUUCCGUUACCUGAAGGAGAGGAAGAACUGGAGGUGGUGUGCAAGGCAGUCGACAGUGGUUACAAUACCCAACCCGACUCCAUCCCGCCUAUUUGGAACUUGAGAGGCGUGCUCAGUAACGCUUGGCAUCGAGUGAAGGUGAAGGUCAAAUGAAGCUCAGGAAGAGCCCCAGGAGGACACGUUUACUGAAGCUCAAAUGUAACGGGUGUCAUAUCCGUGAAGGACGCGUCCAUACGCUUGGUGAGACACUAUGAACUUGGUCCACGAUGAAAGUCCUAAAACGCUGAUUUUAAGAAGCCAAACUGGGUGACUUUACGUGCAAGUUUACAUGUUAUUUACCGCAGUAAUGAACUUUUAUUUCAAUAUAUUUGAUUUGCAUCAACCACUUUAUCCUGGUCUGGGUCGAGGUGGGCCAGGUUCCACAGAAAACCACUGGGCGCAAAGCAGGAACACCAUGAACAAGUUGCCGAAACAAUGGAGAGCCUUGGCCCAACCGUCCUCCCUCCCUAAGACAUAGCCAGUAGUGUGUGGAUGCCAGGCCGGCUGACAGCAGCGCCAAGAUUCGAACCCGGGCGUCAGUGUGGUUGGUUAUCACCGUAGAAUUCUAUUAUUUAGAAUAGAAUUGAACGCUUUCAUGUGUCAUAUAUACAUAUACAGGUGUACAGUACAAUGGAAUUCUUUCUUCGCGUAUCCAAGCUUGUUUUUGGAAGCUGGGGUCAGAGCGCAGGGGUCCGGCCUCCCUGGAGCAAACAGCUUUAAGGGCCUCGCUCAAGGACCCAACAGUGGCUGCAUGGUAGAGCUGGGAUUUGAACUCUCAACCUUUCAGUUGAUCGCCCAAAGCUCAACCCUUUCUAGACUCCCACUGUCCCACUCAUCCUUAAGUGUUAAAGUUCUGGAUCCAGUCUACAGCAAAGCAGGACGGCAGAUCACGACAAUGUGUGGCUGUGUCCCAAUCCACAUUGUUCUGUGCUAAUCACGUGACAAAUGAGUUGCUGCUGUUUUUAAUGCUGUUUACCACAGUGUGUGUGGAGAUUCGGAUGCAAAUUUGCAAGCGAUUUGGCUAAGAAUGCACCCUGCAACUCGCAUCUGUGCGUUCUCUGACUGGUAUCAAGAAUGUACAUGUGAACUCGAGUCUCGAAGAUGAUUUGCUGUCAUUUCUGAAGGUGUUGGCACACAGAGACGGGUUCAUACUCGAGCUGGUCUGCCUGAAAACGAGGGUCCGGGGUUGUGUUCAGUCAUAGUAUACCGUCAUAUCACACAGCAGAAUCACCUGUGCUUUGGUGCCUGGUCGGCACAGAGGUCUAUAAUGCUCAGGGGACUCCAGGAUGAAGCGGUUGAUCAGUAAUCAGUAUUUUUUAAUCAUGUGAUUACUUUUAAUACAGAAGAAUAAUGAUUUAAUUUGGAAUAAUGUUUAGCAGAGCACUGAUGCUGUUCACACCUGGUUGUUUCAUGCAUCCCAAACAGCACUCAUGUUUUUUGCCAACCCCACUCCCUUCCUAAAAAACCCCCCCCCCAACAACUGUAUUCAGCCUAAUCCUGACCAGGCCUGUGGUGGAUCUGUCAAGCAUUGUGUGCAUGACUGAAAUACUUCAACAGGGGACAGGUUUAUAACAAGGCAGGACGUGUCCAUCCAUCCAUCCGUCUGUAUGUAUCGAGUGUAGGAGAAGAACAGAAUACUCAUAGAUGGCAGAACAAACAGGCGAGGUUCGAACCCAGGUCCUCACCACAGUAACCCCACACUGAUGAAUUACAACUGGGUGUAAACAGCUGAUUUUGGGUUGGGAUUAGGAGUCCUCGGCGAAUGCUGAUCACAUUUCAGUGUUUCACGUACCUGAACAGAUCGAAGGCAAACGGGUCGGACAAAAUCUAGAGCUUCACAAAGCAGCUACACGAAUUCUGCACUUUUUACAGCUAGUCGAAUUUAAUCGACGUCGUUUAUGAGACGAACUCGCUCGGGUCUUGAUCUCGCGGCACAUUUCACUUCCUUACGCUUGGUUUAAUCGCUCUGCAGGCACUUUUCCACUGGUCGUUCAUUAGACAGGAUUGGUAAAUCAUUUAUAUUCUCCAUAAGGAAAAUGUCUUGGUGUACAUGCAAACAAUAAACAUGUUUAAUCAUUUUAA